CUGUCGGCGGCCACACCAAACCUCUGCAACAAACAAGCUCCUUUAUUUAGAAAAAGGACACUUCCUUUCGGUCAAAAAAGGAAGAAGAAGAAAAGACGAAAAGUCACUUCCCAGAAAAAGCCAUAAACCUUGAAAUCCUAAGCUCUGCAUUUGGUUCUGCAGCUUGUCAUAAUAAGCCUCAAGAAAUCAGGGCUUUGACCCUUUUUUCUAUUGGAGCAGAACAAACUCAAUUACAGUAUCAGACUUCUUCAUCUUUUAUUGCAUUUAUAUUGGAGCAGAACAAAUUCCAUUACAGACUUCUCCUUCAUCUUUUAUUGCAUUUCUAUUGGAGCAGAACAAAUUCCAUUACAGUAUCAGACUUCUUCAUCUUUUAUUGCAUUUAUAUUGGAGCAGAACAAAUUCCAUUACAGACUUCUCCUUCAUCUUUUAUUGCAUUUCUAUUGGAGCAGAACAAAUUCCAUUACAGUAUGAUGAAAGUAGUGGCAAUGCAAAAAUGGGUACCUGCAAUAAUGGUGAUUCUGAUGAUGUUUGUUUUGAGAAGAACACAUUGUUCCUUGGUGAAUAUCACCAUUGUCAGAAAUGAUCAUGUGGCCAAAGGAGCAGUCUGUUUGGAUGGGAGUCCACCGGCAUACCAUCUUGAUCCAGGAUUCGACUCUGGAAUCAACAAUUGGUUGAUCCAAAUUGAGGGAGGAGGAUGGUGCAAUAAUGAGACCACUUGCCUUUCACGAAAGAAUACUCAAUUGGGAUCCUCUCUUCGUAUGGAAAAGCGCCUUCCUUUCUCAGGCCUCCUAGGCAACAACCCUCAACUCAAUCCAGAUUUCUACAAUUGGAACAGAGUCAAAAUUAGAUAUUGUGAUGGAUCUUCCUUUACUGGUGAUGUUGAUGCAGUCAAUCCUAAAACCAAUCUUCACUUCAGAGGCGCAAGAGUUUUUCUUGCUGUUAUGGAGGAUUUAUUAAAUAAAGGAAUGAAGAAUGCGGAAAAUGCUAUAUUGUCUGGAUGCUCAGCUGGAGGAUUGGCCUCAAUUCUUCACUGUGACAGCUUCAAUGCCCUCCUCCCAACGGGUGCUAAAAUCAAGUGCUUAUCAGACGGGGGAUAUUUUAUUAACGCAAUGGACAUAUCUCAUACACCACAUAUUGAGCAGUUCUUCAAUGACAUUGUUAGAACACAUGGAUCAGCCAAGAAUUUGCCUCCAUUGUGUACCUUAAGAAUGAAUCAGCCAAAUCUGUGUUUUUUCCCUCAAAACGUGGUGCAACAUGUUCGGACACCUCUGUUCAUAUUAAAUGCAGCCUACGAUUCUUGGCAGAUAAGAAACAUUUUGGUUCCUGAGGUUGCUGAUACCCAUGGAACAUGGCGCAAAUGCAGACUAGACAUAAAAAACUGUACAUCGAGUCAGCUUCAUAUAAUGCAAGGUUAUAGAUGGCAGUUCUUGAGGGCAUUAUCAUAUGGGCUAGUCCCUUCUUCAUCAAGAGGAUACUUUAUUAACUCAUGCUUUGCUCACUGCCAAACGGAAGUGCAAGAAACGUGGUUCAGAAAUGACUCUCCAAGAUUGGAAAACAAGACAAUAGCAAAAGCAGUUGGUGACUGGUUUUUUGACAGAGAUGCAUUUCAGAAGAUCGAUUGCCCUUAUCCUUGUGACACCACAUGUCACAACCGUAUUUUUUAUACUCCAUCCAACCAAUUGGUAUAGCAGCAGCAUAAUAUAGUUCAUUUAAAUCUUCUGAAAGAAGCAUUCUUUACAAGAUUUUUUUAUUCUCAAAGAAAGAAAGCAAAAAAAAUCAUUAUUUAUUUAUUCAGUGUAUUUAUUCAGAAUAAAGGAAAAGCCAUUGCACAGAACUCAGUGCAUGCUUUCUUCUUAUUUAGCCAUAUACAGAAAAAGUAGAGCAUAUCAUACAUGUGUAUACCUACUGUCUACUAAAUGUUACUA